CAGUCCACCAUACCAGACCAGGAAACAGAGAGACAGUCCACCAUACCAGACCAGGAAACAGAGAGACAGUCCACCAUACCAGACCAGGAAACAGAGUCAACACAUUCUGUAUGAAAACAGACUGGUGGUUAGAUUAUCUGACUAGGUAGAUUGAAGCGAGACUAUAAAUGCACCCAAUUUGGACAGGUUGAAUUUAAAGCAAAAGUAACAUUUCAUUUGGGCCUCAUCUGAAAUUGACAACUAAAUAAAUUAAUUUUAUUUUUUAAUAUGGCAAGUGUAGUUGAAAAGCAUUAGGGUGUUAGUACGUGUAUUUUCCAGUUUGCGAAGCAAGUCAAGUACUUGUUAGCAUCUUUUAUUAAUGUUCUGACUGAUGGCAAUAGUGGAGAGUUUGCAGGCCAUGUUGGCUCCUGUGUUUUUGGGUCAUUAAGAGGAUGACAGCAGUUGGUUCAUCUGCAUUGUUCAUUGCCAAGAAGUCCCAGACAGAGCCUCUCAGGUCAUUGGUAUAUAUGGAGAAUAGUUCUGGGCAGAGUCUCUCAUGUCAUUGGUAUAUAUGGAGAAUAGUUCUGGGCAGAGUCUCUCAUGUCCUUGGUAUAAAUGGAGAAUAGUUCUGGGCAGAGUCUCUCAUGUCAUUGGUAUAUAUGGAGAAUAGUUCUGGGCAGAGUCUCUCAUGUCAUUGGUAUAAAUGGAGAAUAGUUCUGGGCAGAGCCUCUCAUGUCAUUGGUAUAUAUGGAGAAUAGUUCUGGGCAGAGCCUCUCAGGUCAUUGGUAUAUAUGGAGAAUAGUUCUGGGCAGAGUCUCUCAUGGCAUUGGUAUAUAUGGAGAAUAGUUCUGGGCAGAGCCUCUCAGGUUAUUGGUAUAUAUGGAGAAUAGUUCUGGGCAGAGUCCUCUCAGGUUAUUGGUAUAUAUGGAGAAUAGUUCUGGGCAGAGCCUCUCAGGUUAUUGGUAUAUAUGGAGAAUAGUUCUGGGCAGAGCCUCUCAGGUCAUUGGUAUAUAUGGAGAAUAGUUCUGGGCAGAGUCCUCUCAGGUUAUUGGUAUAUAUGGAGAAUAGUUCUGGGCAGAGCCUCUCAGGUUAUUGGUAUAUAUGGAGAAUAGUUCUGGGCAGAGCCUCUCAGGUUAUUGGUAUAUAUGGAGAAUAGUUCUGGGCAGAGCCUCUCAGGUUAUUGGUAUAUAUGGAGAAUAGUUCUGGGCAGAGCCUCUCAGGUCAUUGGUAUAUAUGGAGAAUAGUUCUGGGCAGAGCCUCUCAGGUUAUUGGUAUAUAUGGAGAAUAGUUCUGGGCAGAGCCUCUCAGGUUAUUGGUAUAUAUGGAGAAUAGUUCUGGGCAGAGUCCUCUCAGGUUAUUGGUAUAUAUGGAGAAUAGUUCUGGGCAGAGCCUCUCAGGUUAUUGGUAUAUAUGGAGAAUAGUUCUGGGCAGAGCCUCUCAGGUCAUUGGUAUAUAUGGAGAAUAGUUCUGGGCAGAUGACAGGCCCUUGGUGUAACUUGUAGAUGUACACAGAGAAAGGGAUAUUGCAAUACUGAACUUGCAAUAACACAGACAUUAUUAUUUAAUUUGUUUUAUUUAGUUUUUAGGUUGACAUAUAGUUAUUAAAAUUGAGAGACUCAAAGGUGUGACUUUUGUUGUUGGCCCACUAAAUAGAAUAAAUCUUAAUGGUUAGAUGCACACAUAUUAACACAACCUAACUUUAUUAAAAUGAGAAGAAUUAUGUCUGUAAGAAAAAUGGGGGAGAGGUAUGUCUGAUAUAAAAUGGAAAGAGGUAAGUGAAAUGGGUAGAUGUAUGUCUGUUAUAAAAUGGGGAAAGGUAAGUGAAAUGGGUAGAUGUAUGUCUGUUAUAAAAUGGGGAGAGGUAAGUGAAAUGGGUAGAUGUAUGUCUGAUAUAAAAUGGGGAGAGGUAAGUGAAAUGGGUAGAUGUAAUUCUGUUAUAAAAUGGGGAAAGGUAAGUGAAAUGGGUAGAUGUAUGUCUGUUAUAAAAUGGGGAAAGGUAAGUGAAAUGGGUAGAUGUAUGUCUGUUAUAAAAUGGGGAGAGGUAAGUGAAAUGGGUAGAUGUAUGUCUGAUAUAAAAUGGGGAGAGGUAAGUGAAAUGGGUAGAUGUAAUUCUGUUAUAAAAUGGGGAAAGGUAAGUGAAAUGGGUAGAUGUAUGUCUGUUAUAAAAUGGGGAGAUGUAAGUGAAAUGGGUAGAUGUAUGUCUGUUAUAAAAUGGGGAGAGGUAAGUGAAAUGGGUAGAUGUAUGUCUGUUAUAAAAUGGGGAGAGGUAAGUGAAAUGGGUAGAUGUAUGUCUGUUAUAAAAUGGGGAGAGGUAAGUGAAAUGGGUAGAUGUAUGUCUGUAAUAAAAUGGGGAGAGGUAAGUGAAAUGGGUAGAUGUAUGUCUUUUAUAAUUUGGGGAGAGGUAAAUGAAAUGGGUAGAUGUAUGUCUGUUAUAAAAUGGGGAAAGGGAAGUGAAAUGGGUAGAUGUAUGUCUGUUAUAAAAUGGGGAAAGGGAAGUGAAAUGGGUAGAUGUAUGUCUGUUAUAAAAUGGGGAAAGGUAGGUGAAAUGGGUAGAUGUAUGUCUGUUAUAAAAUGGCGAGAAGUAAGUGAAAUGGGUAGAUGUAUGUCUGUUAUAAAAAUGGAAAGAGGCAUGUCUGUUGUGAACAUUUUGUUAGGCAUGUCUGUAUAAAAAUGAUAUUCUGUGAUUUCAACAUCUGUAUGAGUCGUUCUGGAUCUGAUCUUUUACUGUUUUGAGUAUUGUCUGGUAAUAAGGUCAAGUGCACCACAAAAGGAUGUUGCUAAGCUAUUAGAACCUUCUUCUCUGUUUCUACAGUAAACUUGGCAUUGAAUGGGGUGGCUGUUCAGUCCUCACCAUAUGGCGGUGUCCAGGCAUCA